AGCUUGYCUCUGACAACAUGCAUUCACCAGAGCAUGCCCGAGGUGUCUUCUUCCUUCCAGCUGAAAUGACAGCCUYCUCGUAAGUUGUUUAGACAUCUUCCUGUUCCCGAGAGCCCAACGAGCUGACUUUGGAUGACAUUUGAGGGGGUCUUCAAGCCUCUGAGCAGGAACCGGUCAAGGAGCGAGCGUUUGUGAUGUCUUCGGACAAGGAAAGGAUCAGGGAGCGCAUUAAAGAGCUCCUGAAGAAACCCGGGAAUGGAAACUGUGCCGACUGCGAAGUUGCAGACCCAGAAUGGGCAUCCUACACCCUGGGGGUGUUUGUGUGUCACAGUUGCUCAGGUCUCCAUAGAAACAUUGCUCAGAUCAGCAAGGUGAAGUCUCUACUGCUGGAUCCCUGGAGCUACUCUGAGUUAGAGUUUAUAGAUUCUGUGGGGAACAAUGCUGCAAAGGCCAAAUAUGAACAGAUAGUACCUGCCUUCUAUUAUCGACCCACGUCUAAAGAUUGCAUGCUCCUACGGGACCAGUGGAUCCGAGCCAAGUACGAGAGGAAGGAGUUUAUGUGCGUAGAGAGGCAGGAGCCCUACUCUGCAGGUAACAAUGAAAUGUACCUGUACAAUUAAACAUGAGAUGCWUGUUGAGUGCAUUGGAACYAAACYGUYUGCAUCUUGC